UGACAGCUACUUUGACUUGCCCGUUUGAGGUUAUACCUCAGAGGUUAUAUUUGUAAUUGUUACCUAGAAAAUCGAAAAAACUAACCAAAAUGCCGUUCAUGAAAGGGAGAGAACCCAUUAGACGAACAUUGAACUACUUAAAUGCUGGCAGGCUCGUAUUAAAAGACAAAAUCAAGAUAUUUUCAGUAGCUUACAAUAUUAAUGGGAAAAACAAUCUUGGUGCGAAAGAGUUUGUAUUUUGGUAUCUACCACAGAUCCAGUAUAAGAAUCCUGAUGUACAAGUAGCUACUUUAAAGAAUUUAACUCCUUCUCCAUUUAUAAAGUGCUACUUUGAAGAUGGGAGAAAAAUCUUGGUUGAUGUAGAUAAUAAGUCGAAAGAAGAGAUUUUGGAGCAUUUAAUUAACACUGUUGGCAAAUCGAAAGAAGUUCUAGAUCAAGAAGCGAUUGCUGCAGAAAAGAAAGACAAUCCCGCAAACUUUGGUAUUGGAUGUGAACGUCCAUGUAUCUGCGAGGUCUACGGGCAAGUUCCGUGUCCCGGUGUAGUUCCUUUACCAAAGUUCAUGAGAGGAAAGUACAGGAACCAAGUUGAUUAGAGUAUUUUAUGUAGUUUGUUGAUGAAAAUGUUAAUAUUGUAAAAAUUUUUGUUUGUAUUCUACAUCCAUAUUCAAUAAUUUGUGUAAAAGUUGAAACAAAACAUUUGCCUUUAUUGAUAUUCUUGUCUUGUAGCAUCAUCAGUCUUACAUAGCCCACUGUUGAACAUAGCCACAGUUUUUUAUUACAUAAUAAUGUGACUUGAUUCCGUUACUUACAUGAAGAAGUUGUAGUUUGUGCUAUUUAAUUUAAAUUGUAACUAUUACAUUAGUAUUGGUUAAGUCUCCUAGUAUCAGAGUAUUUCCUGUUAUGAAUUUAUUCUUAUAAUAUUAACAUUUUCAAUAUUUGUGUUUAAUUGUUUUAAAUUAAGUAAUGUAGAUAGUUAUUUAGCUAUUAAAUGUAAUUUGUUGUAGAUAUUUAGGUCACCUAAAAGUUCUGUUUGAAUACUAAAAUGGAACUAUAUUUUUGUGAUAAAGGAAAUAUUUUCCUUUAAGCAUUUCUACCAGAAAAAGCCUGUCAAUAAAAUGGCAAUACCAAA